CAGAAAGACAGACAGACAGACAGACAGAGGAACAGAGCUGUGUGAAUGGACGAGGAAGAUAGUGGGAGAAGGGCCUCUGUUACCUAACUAAAACCGGAAAAAACAACAGCCAGUCCUGCUGAAGGAUUAGCUCCCUGUUCAUGCUAUCAUGGCCCUGCCCUCUGUGAUGGUGUUGCCCCUGCUAAUCGUCGUGGCGGCUGGGGUCUACUACAUCUACAAUGAGGUCAUGCAGUUUAUGUCCAAGUCCUUGGUGCGAAACAAAGUGGUGGUGAUCACUGAUGCUGUGUCGGGGGUGGGAACUGAGUGUGCCCAUCUCUUCCAUAAGGGCGGUGCCAGAUUGAUCCUGUGUGGGAUUAACUGGGAUAAACUAGAGUCUCUGUAUGACUAUCUGACUCAUGAUGCUGACCCCAGCGAGACAUUUGCCCCAAAGCUGGUUAUCCUGGACUUCAGCGAUAUGGACAGCAUGGAGAACGUGGUGGCUGAAGUGGUGGAGUGUUACGGUUGCGUGGAUGUGUUGAUCUGUAACAGCAGCAUGAAGCUGAAGGCCCAGGUGCAAAGUGUCUCCCUGGAAAUGGACAGAAAUAUAAUGGACAUCAACUACUUCGGCCCCAGUACUCUGGCCAAAGGUGUUCUUCCAACAAUGAUCUCAAGAAGAUCGGGGCACAUUGUGCUGGUCAACAGCAUCCAGGGAAGACUAGCUGUCCCGUUCAGAAGUUCAUACGCUGCAUCUAAGCACGCGGCGCAGGCCUUCUUUGACUGUCUGCGGGCUGAAGUGGAGGAGUUUGGGAUCGUCGUCAGCACCAUCAGUCAUACCUUUAUCAACGCCUCGGACCCCCCACCUGUGGAGGAGCCCGCCCCUAAACCCAACACCCUGGCUGCAUUUAUCACCAGCCAGUUGACCCACGGCGUGCGCCCGUCAGUCCUGGCCAAUGAGAUAAUGCAAACUGUGAACAGGAAGAAGAAAGAGGUUGUACUGGCCCACCCCAUCCCUAGGGUGGCCCUCUACCUCCGCUCCCUCUUCCCCUCCUUCUUCUUUGCUGUGCUGGCUGCUGGAGUGAAGGACUCAGUCCUGGCUGAGCAGAUGCAGUAAGAGAAAACCUGAAAUGGAAUCAUAACGAGAUGUGAAAUAAAACAAGAAUUGUUUGGAAAUUG